AUGUCCGUGGACUAUCUCAACACGAUUACCGAGAAUGCCUCUCGACUCGGGAUGCGUAUACAAGAGUCAUUAUCUGAACAUACAAGAGAGAUGAACCUGGCGCGCUCCAAUGUUUCUUAUCUUGAGGCGGAUGACUCUAAGGGUAGAAACAUCCGCAAGCAGCUCGACUCAAGUAGUGACAGAGAAAAGCUGGAUGCCAUGAAGAGAUUGAUAGCGCUCAUAUCCAAAGGUCGCAACGUUUCGGAGUACUUUGCCCAAGUGGUUAAGAAUGUAGCUUCCCAGAACCUCGAAAUAAGAAAACUAGUGUAUAUCUACGUCCUAAGAUACGCGGAACAGGAACCAGACUUAGCCCUGCUUUCAAUCAACACCUUCCAGAAAGAUUUGAACGACAGUAAUCCAUUCAUCCGUGCCAUGGCAUUACGCGUGCUCAGCGGGAUCAGAGUUCCUAUGGUCGGAAAUAUAGUCGUGCUGGCGAUCAAGAAAUGUGCUGCAGAUUUCAGUCCCUAUGUGAGAAAAGUUGCUGCUCUUGCAAUACCGAAAUGCUACCAACUAGACGACAGUCACCUGCCGUCUCUAAUCGAAACUAUAACCAAGAUGUUGAACGAUACCUCCCCUCUGUCAAUCGGCAGUGUCGCUGUGGCAUUUGAAGCCGUUUGCCCCACGCGUCUGGACCUCAUUCAUCAAAGAUACAGACGCCUGUGUAAGCUGCUUGUGGAAGUAGAUGAGUGGGGCCAAAUUGACUUGCUCAAUCUACUUCUGCGGUACGCUCGGACGAUGCUUCCAAGACCGAUAAUCAACUCCGAUGGAGAAGAAGUCGAUCAUGAUAUAGAACUGCUGUUGUCAUCCGCGGAGCCUCUUCUUCAAAGUCGCAAUCCAGCCGUAGUACUGGCUGUAGUACGCGUCUUUUGGUACGCCGGACCUCCCUCUGUGCAUGUCAAAGUUGUCCGUCCUCUGCUUCGUUUACUCCACAUUUCAAAGGAAGUUGAGCGCGUUACUUUGUCCUACAUUCUCGUUCUUGCUCGGAUCAAUGCUUCGCUGUUUUCCCCACAUUAUGUUCACUUCUUCAUGCUCUCGGACGACUCGCGUCAAGCCAAAGCAGAGAAAAUCCAACUCCUCGUUUGUCUGGUCAACUUUGAAAAUCACCAACCGAUCUUCCGCGAGCUAAUUGAAUAUACUGAGGACCCCAAUGAUCAAGUUGUGGCAGACUGUAUCGCAGCCAUUGGGAAAUGUGCCAAAAUGGUUCCAGAAUCAAUGCAGACGUGUUUGGCGGCGCUUACGGAAAUGAUUAAGAAUAACCACGAUGUUGUUGUCAGCAACGCGAUCCUCGUCCUCAAAUAUCUGGUCCAAACCCAGCUUUCGCAGAUAUCGGGCGCAAACGCAGUCAAUGCUUCUCAAUCUUCACUCAGUAUUAUCUCCAAUCUUGCACGAAAAAUUGACGACAUACGCCAUCCUCAGGCUCGGGCCUGUGUUGUCUGGCUUGUGGGACAGCAUUGUGCUUCCGACCAAGUUAGUCGUGCUCCCGCAGGAAUAGCGGAGUGGGCUCCUGAUGUAUUACGAAAAACCGCGAAAACGUUUCCAAAAGAGGAUGUACUGGUGAAACUUCAAAUCAUCACGCUUGCAGCUAAACUAUCGGUUUUGAACCCUGCUGAACAGACCUUGGGGCUUAUAGCUCGAUAUAUCUUUUCCCUGGCUCGUUAUGAUCUCAAUUAUGAUGUUCGGGACAGAGCGCGUGUGCUGUCUUCACUUCUUACAGGUGUCGGAUCACCCGUUCUGACUCCUGACGAUGGAAUAACACCGUUUGAGGAGAGGGGCGGCGUCGUGUUGCGAAGCGAGCAGGUCAAAGUCGUUCUCUUCAAUGGCAAAACCAAUGUCACAGACGAUGAACAUGCCGAACAUUCCAAUAUGAUAGUUGGAGCCCUUGGUGUCAUUGUCGGUAAAACUACGCUCAGCGAUACGAUUCUACCUGAUUGGCAUGAGGAGGGGGUUGAAUCCACACUCCGAGAUUCACCGGAUGAUACUCCCGUUCCUCAUGCUUCUAAUGUCCUAUCGGUGUCAUCUAGUACCGGCUCAGCAACUACGGUUCUCCACCCGAUUAGAGGGAAUUCUCCCUCGGCGGGGCUGGCAACCACCAAUGGACGAAAAUGGGCCAGCAAUCUUGACGACUUCUUCAAGGAAGACGUUGGUUCUGAUAACGAAGCAUCGAGUGAAUAUGACAAUGAUGAUUCCGACGAAGAAUAUGAAGAUCACAUAGAGGGGGAGGAGGAGGACGAGGAGGACGAACAUGAUCAACAGGAAGGGCAAAGCGAUGAGGGUAAUGAUGAAGAAGAGGGUAACGAUGAUGACAGGAACAGUGAAGAGAACCUCAAAAACAAUGAGACAGGGUAUGAAGCCUUUGGUUGA